AGCAGGGGUGAGACGAAGCCCAUAAAGGUGUCAGCUUCUCUUCUAUUCCAUUUGGUUUCCUCCUCAUUCCCCUCUAUAAAAAAAAAUCUCUUGCACAUCGUCAUCUGAUCCUUCCUUGCAAAAGAGAAAUCUUUUUUCUGCCCUCUGCUAUUUCGCCAUUUCUGUUCGUCCCAUCAGACGAAAUCCCCAUCCCCCCAACCGGGUGUGCGUCACUGAACAAGAACACGACCGAUUCCUGUUCCCUAGAUCUGCGUGGAGGCGGCGAGGAGCCUGAAUCCGGCAAAAGGGUUCGAGGUUGGUUGGCCGGAGCGCACGAGCCCGCCGUCAAAAACCCAAUCUUGCGGCCGUGCGCCGCCGCCGCCGUCCUGCGGUGACAAGGAGCAGGCAAGGUCGGCGGAGAUGGUGCCGUGGGAAGGGUACGCGAGCGACGAGACGAUGGGCACCUUCGCGCCCAUCGUGCUCUACUGGGUGUACGCCGGCGGCUACCAGCUGAUCCUGCACCGCCGGCCGCUCGAGCGGUACAGACUCCACACGCGGGCUGAGGAGGAGGAGAAGAACCUCGUCAGCCUCCCCGCCGUCGUCCGGGGCGUGCUCCUGCAGCAGCUCGUGCAGGCCAUCGUCGCGAUGAUCCUGUUCAUGGUCACUUCGGAUAGCUCAGUAACUGUAGUUCAGCCACCUAUCGUCGUUCAGAUCUUUCAGUUUUUAAUCGCAAUGCUCGUGAUGGAUUCAUGGCAAUAUUUUGUGCAUCGCUACAUGCACCAAAACAAGUUCCUCUACCGGCACAUCCACUCUCAGCAUCAUCGUCUCAUUGUUCCAUAUGCAAUUGGGGCUCUCUACAACCAUCCAUUGGAGGGGCUACUUUUGGACACCUUAGGUGGUGCCAUCUCCUUCUUGGUAUCUGGUAUGACACCAAGAACGGCCGUGUUCUUCUUCUGUUUUGCUGUCCUCAAGACAGUCGACGAUCACUGUGGACUUUGGUUGCCCUACAACAUCUUCCAGAACUUGUUUCAAAAUAAUACCGCCUAUCAUGACAUCCACCAUCAGCUCCAAGGAACAAAAUACAAUUACUCCCAGCCCUUCUUCUCAAUCUGGGACAGAAUACUCGGGACCCACAUGCCGUACAACUUAGUGAGCAGGAAGGAAGGUGGGUUCGAAGCAAGACCGUCGCGAGACUAGCUUGAGCUCAAUGCAAGUGUACAGAUCUCCGGUGAAAGAGUAAGAUAUAAUGUUGGGCCUCCCUUUCACAUGAUUAUUAGAAGCUCACAGGGGCCCCAUCUAACUUCUAAGAUGAUGAAACGGCAAACAGUACCAGCGCUUCUUUCGGCAUCUUGGUCCAAUCCAUAUGUUGCUUGGGUAAUGGGAAGAGACUGAAGCUUGCAUCACAUGUUAUUCGCCUGCAGUUCUUCUAGUUGGAGGGUCCACUUCAAAGUUCAAAGCUGGGAAUGCGUGUGACACUGUGUGGUUUGUAUGCAUGGUUUUAGCUGUCAUGGUUCCCUUUUAUUUUUCUUUUUGUGCAGAGCUUCUAUUACAUUGAUGUGCAGAUAGUGUAUUUGAAAAAUCACACUUCUGUAUGUACCCAAUUAUUCGUGUAAUUUAAUCUCUGGGCAUGACGGGUCUGACUUCUGUACUCAUA